AUGGUUAAAUUGGAGGGUGACAUCAACCGUGGUGUGGCUUUUUAUAAGAAAGCUUUGUAUUAUAAUUGGCAUUAUGCUGAUGCUAUGUAUAAUCUUGGGGUUGCUUAUGGUGAGAUGCUUAAGUUUGAUAUGGCUAUUGUGUUCUAUGAACUUGCCUUCCACUUCAAUCCUCAUUGUGCGGAAGCUUGUAACAAUCUAGGUGUUAUAUAUAAAGAUCGUGACAACCUUGAUAAAGCAGUGGAAUGUUACCAGCUUGCUUUGGGAAUCAAACCCAACUUUUCACAGUCAUUAAAUAACCUUGGUGUUGUAUACACUGUCCAGGGAAAAAUGGAUGCUGCAGCAAGUAUGAUUGAGAAAGCUAUCAUUGCAAAUCCAACAUAUGCAGAGGCCUACAAUAACUUAGGACUAAAAUAUGCUAUCUUAGUCAAGGUUGUGCUGCUUAUUGCCUUCUUGCUUGACAUGUCAGGAGAGUCUAGCCUUGGUUAUAUGGCUUAUGACGAAUUUUUGAAAACAUAA